ACUCCCUGCUCAUCCACGCGCAAGUGGGCGACCCGCCGUCUUGACAGAGCUUCCUCCCCAAGCCCGCCAUCCAUCCUGCCCGACGUAGAUCCCAGACUGCUGCAAUCGCUUGCGACAGACGUUCCGACCGCAGGCUCGCCGCGAAUAAUGACCACGCUCCUUGCACACAGCACCACAGCUUCCUGAGCGGCAUCCCCAGACACAGCGCAUCUCCCCCGCCCCCGCGUUGUUGCAGCUGGCACGUCGUCAAGUGUCUGAGAUCCGCCGUCCCGCCUCACUGCCUCCCAGCAAAAGGCGCAAGAACCACGGGCCGGUCUUUUUUGUUGGCCAGAAGUCCACGACCAGCUCUCUGCUGAGCAGGACUGUUGCGCAGCCAGUGCGCUCCUUAUCUCGACAUGUGGAACGACGAGGAGGACAACAACCCCUACGGGACCAGCUACGACGAUCGCAGAGACUCUGUCACAUCCUCCUCCGCAAACCCGACGUCGCCCACUUCGCACGACUACCAGAGGUUCGAUGCUCCAAAUACUCCCUCAUCGACCAGCGAAGAUGCGCCACGGACGAGCGCGACCUACGUCCGGCACUCGGCCGACUCCGAGAGCGACGAAGACUUCAAUGCCCGCUCCACGUCGCAGCUCCCGCCCAAGCGGAAGCCCGGCGGCUAUGACAGCCGGAUUGAGCAGAUCCUCUACGAGAAUCCUGAACUCCCCAUCCUUAUCACGGAUGCGGGCAAGAGUGUAGAGAGCGGCGGGAAGUAUAUCGUCUACACGAUCCGGACUGGGGACCUCGAAGUGCGACGACGUUAUUCGGAGUUUGCGUCUCUGCGCGACGCUCUCACAAAGAUCCACCCGACCCUGAUCAUCCCACCGAUUCCCGAGAAGCACACCAUGGCAGACUAUGCCGCGAAUCCGACCAACGCCAAGCAAGACCAACAGAUUAUUGACCUGCGGAAGCGCAUGCUUGCUGUGUUCCUGAACCGGUGCCGCCGCAUGGAACAGGUCAGGGAGGACGGUGUGCUCUGGAGAUUUCUGGACCCCAACGUCAGCUGGACCGAGGUUCUUCACUCGCACCCCAUCUCGUCCAUUCCCAAGUCGAUCAUGCGGGCGCCACCUCUGGACCCGGCCAAUCCGACCCCCGCGCACGCCUAUCUACCGAUACCAGCGACAAAUGCGAAGCUCAAGGCCCCAAUGGGCACAGCACCACCACCUGCUUUCGACAGCUCGCAGACUGUAGCGUCGCAGAUGCUGCGCCGCUUCCCACCAGACACGCACAACUUGAGCGAAGUCGAGCUUGAUCCCUACUUCCUCACAUUCGAAUCUUCGAUCAAGGAGCUGGAGACUGCGCUGAUGGGGCCCAUGGAGAAAGUGAACCGGAGAAGCCUGAGCCACCUCAGCUCCCUGGCCUCGGAUCUCGCCGACCUUGGCUCGAAGUAUAAUGCCUUUGCACUCUCGGAGCAGUCGCCGUCUUUGGCUGCGGCAAUCGAGCGAGUGGGCCAAGCUGCGGACUCGUCCUAUAUUGCAACUGAAGAGUUGGCAAGCUCACUAGGCGCAAGCUUCGCUGAGCCGAUGCGGGAGAACGCCCAGUUCGCGGGCGUGGUCCGGACUGUGCUCAAGUACAGGAUAGCGAAGCGGGUCCAGCAGGAGAUGACCAACGAGGAACUUCAAAAGAAGAAGGCCCUGCUCGAACAGCUGGAGAGGAGCGAAGCCGAGGCUAAGCGCAUUGAGCAGUACCUCAGCAGCAGUCAGCAGAUUGGUGGCUCAACACAGGUCCAUCCACCACGGCGGUCGUCAAGCAUGAGGGAGACUUCGACCCACGGGCAUUACAGGGAAGGUAGCGGGGAAGACACAGCAUCGAUCGACUCCGACUUCCCGCCGACACAUGGAGACUCGUCGGCUGCGCCGUCUGCGCGGGUUGGGGCGCCGGAGCGUUACAGUAACCCUGCCCCGACGCACAAAAAGGCGCCCAGCGGCAACUCGAUCACGAACAAGAUCUUCGGACCCAUCCGGCACGCGAUCCAGGGCGUGGCAGAUGUUGACCCUGAGCGCACAAGGAGAGACACGAUCGGCAAGACCCUGGAGAGCAUUGAGCACCUGGAGCAGGCCCAAGUCGUUGCCGCCCAGGAUGUCAAAGACGCCAGCGCCAGUAUUCUUGAGGAUCUGAAGAGGUUCCAGCACCAGAAAGAGGACGACCUGAAGAGAUAUAUGCUUGCAUAUGCCAAGAGCCAGAUCGAAUGGGCCAAAAAGAACAAGGAGACAUGGGAGGAGGCCAAGGCCGAGAUCGACAAGAUUGACGAGGAAUAGGCAUUCGUGACUGUGGGCUAUACCAGCAGCGGAAGAGCUCCCCCCUUCUCCCCCUUGGGCCGUUUUGUCCCGGUGUGGCCGGCAGCAUAGUGAUAGAGUAGCUUCCCAUUUUCCAUACCCAAUAAUACUUGCUAGUCCGGUUGG